UCAUUGUAUGAGUUUUUGCUCUAUUUGUAAUAAAACGAAAGAGUUGUUUUUUAAACUUUUUCAUGAUGGUCAUGGCCCUGCAAGUGCAUAUCAUACAUAUAUGGAGGAAAUACAAUUAAAAUAUGAGAAUGAUAAAAGAGUAUUAGCCGAUAGAGCUAUUUGUUCAAAUAGACAAGAUAUUUAUUACCUUCACAAAAAGUUUCUUAAUCAAUCUGUGGGUGCGAGAAAUGGAGAAGAAAUGUUUAAUCAGCUAACUAAAGAGGUUGAAGAAUUCAAUGCUAAUGGAAAAGGACAUGUGUGGAUGCAACUAUAUAUUUCUUCAACAAGUGUUAGUCUUGGGCAACCAUUUGUUCUUGUAAUUAUAACCAACCUAAUGAAACGUUGUUAUUCUUUACAGCAAGCAGGAGAAUUAGUAUACAUGGAUACUACAGCUGGCCUUGACAUUCUUAAUACUCCAUUAACAAUUCUCUCUACAAGCAUGUCUAUUGGAAGCUUACCACUUGCGGUGAUACUUACAUCAGAUGAAACUGCAUACACUUUUUCAGAAGCUUUGAAUGCAUUAAAACGUAUACUGCCAAUAACAGCAUUUAAUAGCCGUGGACCCAUAAUUGGACCAGAAGUAAUUAUGACAGAUGAUUGCAAGGCAGAAAGGAUGGCAUACAUAAUACUUGGGAUGAAACGACCUUGCUACUAUGUGUUUUUCAUCUUCUACAAGCAAUGUGGAGAUGGUUAUAGGAUGGAAAGAAUAGUAUUAAUAUGA